AAGACUGUAACUUCAAAGUAUGCAUGUCUAACUCUUUGCCUUUUAAGUGAAGUAUUUCAUUUGCCAUCUAUGGUUGUUUUCUGCAUUGCAGACAGAAGAUGAUGAGUCUGAUAACUGUGCAGUGUGUUUGGAUGGUUACAAAGCUGGCGAUGUUGUUCGUAUUCUGCCUUGCCAGUAAGUAACACUUUCAAGAAAUGGUAUGCUUGGCUGCUACUGAACAGGAUGCAUAUAGAGACUUCAGUGUAAAGACCUAAGCCCUUGAAUGAUCUCUAGUAUUUUGUUGUGCUAAAACUUUGUUGGAUGUGUUGCUAAAGCUUAAUUGGAAAUUUUUGGGUCAGCUGCUGGCUCAAUUGAGUCACUUUGAAGUAAUCAAAUGGACUAAAACUUCCCUUAAGAAAAAAAAAGGACUUAAGAAUGAGUAAGUAUUGAGACAAAUUUUCAGACUGUUCUGAGUUUGAGUUUUACUCUUUCUAAAAAAAAUUAGAAGAAGUAAACAUUAAGUUUUAUUCUAAAGCUCCUUUUCAUCAGUUUUAAUUAAAACCAUUGCAUAUUGGUGUAUGUUAUAUAUUUAUAUAUAAUAAGUUACUCAAAGUCUUUAGACAAACCUACCUUGGGUUCUAAGCUUUUUUCACUCAUAGCUCCUCUUUCUCUAUAGGCAUGAGUUCCAUAAGUUGUGUAUCGACCCAUGGUUGGUUGAGCACAGAACUUGUCCAAUGUGCAAGCUCAACAUCUUGAAGGAAUUGGGGCUGGUAAGUGUUGGAAAAAAUUUGCAAAUGCUUUCACACUUGAUGCAGGAGGAGCACUAGUCAUUUAUUUUAAUGUUUCUUUGCUAUUUGUUUGAUAGGCAGAUACAUAAUUACUAUCAGCUACAACUGUUUUGUACAUUCUAUGUUCAUCUUUAGUCCUUCUUGAAAGUACCCAAUUAGAGAAUGUGAAGGAAACCUUGCACACUUCUCUAUACCAUCAGCUUUAUUGCAUACAAUUAAGAGUUGUUUAUUUUUCCUAGCAAAAUUGCACUCCAGAACUAUUUCCAGUGUUCAAUUUCUUUUUUUUUUUUCGGUGUGAAAGACCCUGUCCCUGACGGGCUCCAUUCACAUGUGGUUUAAAAGUUUGUAUGUGCUGGCUGUAAUGCCUGUUAUGUUGGUGAAAUGUGCCGGCAUUUUUCCACACAUGUUAGAGAGCACUUAAUCAGUGACAGGGCCUCUCACAUUUUCAAGCAUCUGCAAGAUUCUGCACAUUGUUGCACUUUGUGUUCAGCAGAUAGCUUCCAUGUUUUGGAUCACGCCUUUACCGGUUUUCAACUCAAGAUAAAAGAGGCCAUUCGUAUUCAAAGAGAACAACGAUCCUUGAAUCAACAAUUACACCAUGUAAAUCUAAAGCUAUCCUUUUAACUCUCACACUUUCAUGCCUUACCUCUUUUCUUGUAGUCACCAUUUAUCAUAAUUAGCAUUUUUCUACCAACCAGUACUAUAUAAUUCAACUUCCAAUGCUUUGUACAUUAAUUAACUGAAGAUGACACAUUUCUGUUGAAUCAUGUAUUACAGACUUUAAAGUUUUGUUGCUUUCUUUAAAUUCUUUUUCCUUUUUAGUUUUACAGCAAAAGUACAAAACCUUAUGCAAUUUUAGGCUUAUGGUACUCUCACUAGUGUUCUGGACCAAUGGUGGAUUUUUUUUAUAUUUCCCAGCCCAGUGUUGAGGAAAGUCGCACAUUAGCUGUAGAAGUUGGUACAUCAGAACUCCCUGAUGAGGACCAUCGUACUGCUGCUGACAAUCCUGGUGUGGUUAUGAAUGAGAUUGAACCUUCUGUUAGUGAGAGGAGGCCUAGUUCUGAUGGUUCAGGUAGGAAUAGAGACAGAUAUUUUGCUGACUAAACCCCUGGAAGAGCAAAUGGUUUGAAAAUUAUUGGUGAAUGACUUUCAUGUGUUAGAAUUUCUGAAUUUUUUUUUAAAUUUUACUGUCAGUGACCAUUGUCUGAGUUCAAAAAAUGGCAGGAGAUUGCAUUUUAGGGCCUUCUUGAACAGUAGUUCACUAACUUAGAGAAAUAAAUGAGAUGUUUUUUUUCCUGUGUUUUACAGAAAGCUCCAGUGUUUCUGAAUCUGGCCGUGUGCUUCGUGUUAGUGCAGAGGUGAACUGGGAAAGAGAUUCAUCAAGUUCAACUUCAAAUUUGGUUGAAAUACCUUGAUCUAAGAGCCUAACCCUUUAAUUCCCAAGAUCUGAUUGUUAAUUCUCUCUUUUAGAUCCUACACAUUUCCUGGUAAAUUAGUUAAAAGAACUUGGUGUCAGAUCAAGACAACAACUUGUAACUGAUAAGUUUUAGUAUUCUCAUUACCUGUUUGCUGGUUAAUGUAUGCAUAUUGUAGGGAGAAGUUACAUGUUCAUCACUUCUGGGAGUUAAAGGUUUAUCAAAUCAGUUAUCAUCAAUUAGAAUUGUUGUAUUGAAAAUUGCGUAUGUCAGGGGUACAUGUAGAUAUUGCAUGUAUAUUAAGUGACACCAUCCCAUCAAUAGAAUGGUUACAUGAAAAGAAAAGUUUCUUUUAACUGUGCAAAAAUCAGAAGUAUUUGUGGCUACUACUGUUUUGGAUGAAAAUCAUUCCAUCACCUCCUUUGCAAUCAGGAAUGAUCAAAAUGCUAUCAACAGAGGUUGCUUUUCUUUUCUUUUCUAUUUUCAAGGUAGCUGGGUUUCAGACACAAUUUUUCCUAGAUGAAAUCCAAAAUUUUUACUUUAAUCUUCUGCUUUUUUUUUUGUAUCCCUUUUUGGUAGUAGGUAAUAGAAGUGAUUAAGAUUUUUUUUCAUUCAUAAUACAUCAGAUUGUUUCGUUCAUGUUUCCAGGUAGUUGCUGUGUUGUAACAAAAAAUUCUUUUUUCACAUCAGAUUGUUUGUGUCAUGAUAGCUAUGGUAACAAAUGGGUGGCUCCGUAUUGUUUGUAUAUAACUCCAGAAAACAUUUUACAAAACAAAAGAAAAAAGAGUGGUCAUUCCCUUUGGAUUGCACAAAAAUCUUCCAUUGUUUAGUUAUUUUUAUCUAUUAGUAGCGGUAGAAAACUGUUAUCAUCAACAUAAUUGUUUUUAUUAUUACUAUUGUCAUUGAUAUACUUGGAGUGCGUUUGCUCUUACGAGUGACCAUUAAAGAAUUUCUCCUCGCAGUAUCGAUACAUUUUAAAGCAGGAAAGUGAGAAGAAAAACUUAGAUUAUCAACUAGAGGAUGAUCUUUGAUUGAAAGCUAGUUUCAGGGAGCAAAAAUGAAAAUAAAUGUAGAAGAAACUGUGUGGGUAAUUGGUUAUUUAAAUCUAAGGAGUGAUAGGAAUUGAUAUAUUUGCAAGGGAGAGACAACAAUUGUUGGUUUCAAGGCUCAAUCACAAAGGCCAAUUUAACAUAAGAAAAAUCUACAGCUCAGUAACUGACUUUUUUUGUGUGUUUCUGGGCACAGUUGUGGACUAGUUGAUACUUAAAUAGGGGAAUGUCAAAACCAACAUUAUUUUACUAACUAAAAGUGAAAACUACCAACAUGAAGAAAUCUACUCAGAGUAGGAGAGGUUUUUAACUUUCUUUCUUAAUUAAGAAAAUGAUGGUAGAAAUGUACUUUUUUGUUGGAAAUGUAUGUUAUAAUUUAUUUUAGGAAUGCUUUUUGUUGAGUAAGUUAUUCUUGUGAUAUUGAGUAAUUUUGUGAUAACCCAGUGUUAAGUUGGACUCUGUGUGAGAAUUUGUGAUGAGUCAUUUUCAAAUGCAUAAAUUCCCUGCAGUGUUUGUCCAAACGCUUUUAACUAGAGGAACUUAGUUGUGUCAUAGAGUAUAAACAUUCAGACUUAAAUGCAGCUUGUCAUUUUUAUACCUUCACUGAUAAUCUCAAUUAAUAUAAUACUUAGAUAAUAAGAUUAUUUUAAAUUGAGCUGGAAAGUUCUUAACUAAACCUUUAAGCCCUGGUCAACCUGCUACUUUUAGUUAGGUUUUUUAAUUUUAUUUUAAUUCUGUUGAUAUGGUUCAGGUAUUACUUUAAGAAAACUUAGGUAUCAAUAUAUUAUUUCGAUGUUGGUAUUGUCAGGGCAUGAUAAGGUGAAGGGUACAUUUGGAUUUUAACCCUUUAACUCUCGAUAUCUGACUGAUAAUUCUACCCUCUAGCUUCCACACAUUUCCUCUUAAAUUAGUUACAAGAAUUUGGUGUUAGAUCAAGAUAACUACCACCUAAUAGGUUUGAGUAAUCUCAUUACUUGUUUGUAGGGGGAUGUGUGGAUAUCUCAGGGAGAGGUUGCACUUCUGGGAGUUAAGGGGUUAAUUUAAUUUUUCCUCUAGUAUACGGCUUGUAAAUAAAUGAGGAACAAAGUAUCAAGUAUUUUGGUGUCCACAGCAUGAGGAUUAUUCUUGAAUGCUGAAAGCAAAUAAAUGUGACGUUUUUGGU